AUGAGAGAUCAUGUCUUGGAGCGGGACACUGCAAAUGUAAAACUUGUCGAGGCUCAAGGAAAAUUCCAUGAGCCUCAGGGUAUCUCUGCUGUGCGGGAAAGGGAAUAUGCCGAGCUUCAGAAAAGCUACAAUACCCUGAGGCAGGUGGCAGCUGGGGACACAGACCAAUCUGUCCAGCUACAAGACCAAUAUAUUGUAACACAAGAGAAAUUAAUGAAGUGGAGAAAAACUACCUCGAUGGCUAAAGCUUCCUAUCAUGAGGUUUUGAGACUGCUUUCGCAACGCAAUGACCGGAUACUAGAAUUGGAGGACGAGUUAGAGCUCGCCAAACACCAGGAUCCCGGCAUCACUGAGAUUCAUCUCGAUAACAUGGAAGAUGAAGAAGAUGAAACGGAUGAAGAAGACGAGGACGAGAUCAUGACGGAUGAAGAGGAUCCACGACCACCACCAUCCAAGGCAUUGAAGACAUCGAAGGCAGAGAACGCAAGAAUUCAAGCACAAAUCAAAAACAUGCAAGACAAUUUCACCAAAAUGUUUGACAACCUGGAAAUCUAA